GUUGACAGAAAAUAAAAGUGAACGGUGGUAUUUCAAAAUUAAAAGAAGAAACGAGAUGCCUUUUUCAGUCAGCUAUAUGCUAACGGCGAUCAUAGUUAUCACUUGGCUUAUUUGCCAAAUAUACAGCCUCGAUGAUGUUGCAUAUUACCUUAUUUUGAUGCCAAUGCAGCUACAUGCUUGGGCAAUGAUUUUGUACGUCACAGUGGAGCCAAACUUGUUGAUCGCGCUCUUUUCCAUUGUUAUUCUUCUGAAGUACGGUAUUAGGUUAGAAAGGGUUAUGAGGAACAGGGUGGUCUAUUCAAUUUAUCUCAUGUUAUCAGCCCUUUUUACUGCAUCCGCUUUGUUAGUUAUUAACAUAAUGCUAAGCGCGAUCUGCAAAAGAAACCAUCGCAUGUAUUAUGGACCUUGGCCAGUACUUGAAGCAGUUCUUAUUGCUCAGUGUAAUAACGAUGGAUUCUCAACCAUUGGAUUACAAAAGUCAUCAUAUGGUGGAGUGGUGAAUGACGACAAGGUAUACAACCUUGACACUGGACGCAGGGAAAGUGUGCACGUCAAGUGGUCUCUUCGUGGAAACAAAAUUCGUGUGCAAUACCUACCGCAGUCUGUUGUACUUCUCGCUCUUAUCAACGAUAUCACCUCCGCUAUGCUGAGUGGUUGGGGCUCUGCAGUGCAAACUAAUGAUGAUGCGACCAAUGCCAUCCCUCAGCACACACACGGCAGCUCCACCUUAUCAUCAAUAUGCAGUAUGUGGAUCAUUUGGGUGUACCUGCGGUAUGUACGACACCAGAUAAAUUUUCCCCUUGAUGUAUUGGUGUACCCAGUUUCGCUUCGUCGCAUGGUGUGGAGGCUUGGAAACUUAUGUUCACAUGUCACACACUUAAUCUAUUCGGCCCUCUGGUCAACAACCGGUAAUGAUAAGAUGGAAAAUGUGCUGCCUACUGUUAACUAUGAAAAUAUAUCAACUGAUAAUCUGACUCUGCUGCCUGGCUCCACAGUUGAGGAAGCAGAGCGGCGGCGCGCCUCUGCCCUUGCAGCGCUGUCCCGCCGCCUCCAACAAAUGCGUGUUAGCUCAAAUGAGAUAAAUGAUGUGUUAUGAGAUAAAAAAUGUGAACAACUUUACAGAGGCAUGUUUAGCGAUGUAGGCACUUGCCUCUCCGACUCCCUGUGAGUGGAUACGGUUGUAACAAUGCGCGCUAUCAGUCGGAUAAAUGGUAUAGCGUCAUGGGAAAGAUAUAACGACGUUGUAUGUGAGAGUAUUGGGGAGCUCAACCAGAGGAAAAGGAGAUAAAUGGUAUUGGUAUACCUAAUUUUACAUCAAAGUGAUGUUAUCAUGUGCAUCCUUGUACUCAUAUUUUCUGGAUGAGAGUACGUGUUGCAACAUAUUACCGAACUAAGAAACUGAAACAGAGGUAGGAGUAUGGUUGCCUUUCUUUUUCUAUUCUGUUCCUGCACAUAAGAGGGCAGUGUCUGCUUAAA